CCGGGGGCGGGGAGCGGCCGGUCCUGGCGCCGGGAGGAAGUGCCGGCCCCUUGCCUGACUCCAGGGCGAGUCCUCCCUCGGGUCGGGCCAUGGAGGCGGAGCCGCCGCUCUACCCGGUGGCGGGGGCCGCGGGGCCGCAGGGCGAUGAGGACCGGCUCGGGGUUCCCGACGGGCCCGAGGCCCCGCUGGACGAGCUGGUGGGCGCGUACCCCAACUACAACGAGGAGGAGGAGGAGCGCCGCUACUACCGCCGCAAGCGGCUCGGCGUACUCAAGAACGUGCUGGCGGCCAGCGCGGGCGGCAUGCUCACCUACGGCGUCUACCUGGGCCUCCUGCAGAUGCAGCUGAUCCUGCACUAUGAUGAGACCUACCGCGAGGUGAAGUACGGCAACAUGGGGCUGCCCGACAUCGACAGCAAGAUGCUGAUGGGUAUCAACGUGACACCCAUCGCCGCCCUGCUCUACACGCCCGUGCUCAUCAGGUUCUUUGGCACCAAGUGGAUGAUGUUCCUGGCUGUGGGCAUCUACGCCCUCUUCGUCUCCACCAACUACUGGGAGCGCUACUACACGCUUGUGCCCUCAGCCGUGGCCCUGGGCAUGGCCAUUGUGCCUCUUUGGGCCUCCAUGGGCAACUACAUCACCAGGAUGGCCCAGAAAUACUACGAGUACUCCCACUACAAGGAGCAGGAUGAGCAGGGCCCCCAGCAGCGCCCACCACGGGGCUCCCAUGCACCCUACCUCCUGGUCUUCCAAGCCAUCUUCUACAGCUUCUUCCACCUGAGCUUCGCCUGCGCCCAACUGCCCAUGAUCUACUUCCUGAACCACUACCUUUAUGACCUGAACCACACGCUGUUCAACGUGCAGAACUGUGGCACUAACAGCCAGGGCAUCCUCCUCGGCUUCAACAAGACGGUUCUGCGAACGCUACCGCGGAGCCGAAACCUCAUUGUGGUGGAGAGCGUGCUCAUGGCGGUGGCCUUCCUGGCCAUGCUGCUGGUGCUGGGCCUGUGCGGAGCCGCAUACCGGCCCACGGAGGAGAUCGACCUGCGCAGCGUGGGCUGGGGCAACAUCUUCCAGCUGCCCUUCAAGCACGUGCGCGACUUCCGCCUGCGCCACCUCGUGCCCUUUUUCAUCUACAGCGGCUUCGAGGUGCUCUUUGCCUGCACUGGUCUCGCGCUGGGCUACGGCGUGUGCUCGGUGGGGCUGGAACGCCUGGCGUACCUCCUCGUGGCUUAUAGCCUGGGCGCCUCGGCCUCCUCGGCCCUGGGCCUGCUGGGGCCGUGGCUGCCACGCCCGGUGCCCCUGGUGGCCGGGGCUGGACUGCACCUGCUGCUCACUCUGAGCCUCUUCUUCUGGGCUCCCAAGCCCCGGACCCUGCAGCACAUCUGGAUCCUCUACACAGUAGCCGUGCUCUGGGGUGUGGGCAGUGCCCUCAACAAGACUGGGAUCAGCACACUCCUGGGAAUCCUGUAUGAGGACAAGGAGAGGCAAGACUUCAUCUUCACCAUCUAUCACUGGUGGCAGGCUGUGGCCAUCUUCACCGUCUACUUGGGCUCAAGCCUGCCCAUGAAGGCUAAGCUGACGGUGCUGCUGGUGACGCUGGUGGCGUCCGCGGCCUCCUACCUGUGGAUGGAGCAGAAGCUGCGGCGAGGCGUGGUCCCGCGCCAGCCCCGCAUCCCGCGUCCCCAGCACAAAGUGCGCGGCUACCGCUACCUGGAGGAGGACAACUCCGACGAGAGCGACGCGGAGGGCGAGCGCGGCGGCUGCGGAGGCGGCGGCGGCGGCGGCGGCGGCCGGGGGGACUGUGCGGAGGAGGAGGCGCCGCCCGUGUGGCCACGACCCGGCCCGGAACCAGCCGGUCUCUACCGCCGGCCCUGUCCCUACGAACAGGCUCAGGGAGGCGAUGGGCCGGAGGAGCAGUGAAGGACCAAGCGUGAUCUCCGGCCUAGGUUUAACGCGUCUCAGGUCGGGGUCCCUCUGAUUCCGCGCGCCAAUUUCCGGAAGGACCCUCUGCUCGCCCCGCCCCGGGUUCAGGAACCCCCCUCCCAGAGCCUGGCCACCUGGAGCUUGGGAUCGUCCCCGCAGCCUCUUCCAAGGCGGACUGGGUCCUCGAGACCCCUCCGCCAGGCCCAGGGUUCAAGAGACCGCACAGCGGAAACCCUCCUCCGACCUUAGGGGCCACUCUCCACGACCCACUCCCCGGCCCCAGCCCCGGGGCAGGGACCCCGCAGUCCCGCCCCAGCUCUCGGCUCCAGAACUGGGCUGAUCGAUGUGUCGCCUGCUUUGCACAUCCUUCCCCACGGUCCGCCGAGAUGUACGACGACUUUAAGAAAAUGGGCAAUAAAGAGAUUUUUGUAUUGUCCUGA